GUGUGUGUGGGGGCUGGGUGACCCCGGAGCAACAGGGUGAGCCUGGUGCCUGAUGGUUCACGGAUGGAGUCUCUGGGCUGGGUAUUCAUCCUGCUGCAGUUCUGGGGCCUGCAGGAAGCUGUCAGCCUGAGCGUGCAGCAGUGGCCCCGUUCAGUGAGGGUGGCACAAGGUGAUGAGAUAUGGCUGUCCUGUGGCGUGAAUCAGAGUCGGGCCUGGGAGAGGCUGCGUGUGGAGUGGAUCCGGGACAAGGUUGCCCUCUGUCACCUGCUCAUCUCCAAUGGCAACCUCAACACUGCGGGCUGUGGGGUUCGGGGACAGCUGUCCUGGCAGUCGCUUACAAACUUUAGCCUGAGACUGGACCACGUGAGCCUCAACGACAGCGGGGACUAUGUGUGCCGGGCCACCCUGGAGAUCCCCAAGUUGCAAGAGGCCGAGGGCAAUGGGACUAAGGUCCUGAUAGUGGCAGGUGACCUCCAGCCGAAGGAGACCUCCAGUUCUUCAGGGCUCCUGUUGGUGCUUCUGGUAGCUGGGGGUGUGGUGGCAGCCUUGGUGGUGCUGGGUGCUGUGUUAUGGGGUCUCAGCAGGUGUCGCCGAGAGGACUCAGGUGAGAGCACCUGCCCAGGAAACUCCUUCUACAGCAAUGUCCUCUACCGGCCCCGGGAGAUUCCACACAGGCCUCAGGUCCGGCCUAAAGAGAAGUACACACACAGUGAACAGAGAGCCCAGGUUAUAUAUUCCACCGCCUUCCCCAAACCUGCUCCACGACAGCAACUUCAGGUUUCCAAACCCAGCCCCAGGCCCAGGCCUGGCUAUCCCAUCUCAGUCCAUUGUGCAUCUCCUGCAAGUCGUAGGAAGUAGGGACAGGCCACUUGCUGAGAGGAAUCCUUGAAGUCAAAGAGGAAUUGGAGACCCUUGAGAACACAAAAUGGACCUGGACAAGAGCUAUUUGAGGGCGUCACUGUUUUUAUAAAGGUGGGGGGAGCGUCCAACAGCUAGAGGCUGAGAUCAAUGAUGUUACCCAGGAGCUGCCAAUAAAGGAUCCUUUAAGUACUA